UCCGUACUCAACAUAUGUAUGCCCUCUGGAGGAGCACUGCCUUGUUGCUGCUGCAGAUCCUGUGCAGCCAAACGCCUCCGAGCUGUGUCUGUGGCUCCUGCUGGUCCAAUGCCCUCAGUUCCUGCCUUUUCUCCCUUCUAGCUGGGCUGUGUGCGGGGGAGCUCCUUCCGACCAUACAGCUCCAUGACCUGUGGGAAGCCUCUCAACUGCGUCCUCUCUCGUCUACGCCCCGGCCGCCAUCUUGGAUCUCGCACGAGUUCCCGCGAGAGUUCGCCUGCACCACAAUGGCAUCCGCAACCUCUGGAACCCGAUGCACUCUCCUGGAUUCUUUAAUCUGAGGCUGCCUUCGAGGGGAAGGUAGGCGCUGGGUUGGGGUAACUGGUCUGUCCUCCAGAGAAUUGCAGGGUCUAAGUGGCUGUGUACUUGGUUCCGCUGCUGGGUGCCUACACGGAGAAUUGACUUGCUGCACCGAGUCUCUGCUGGGGUCCUGGCGAAGAGGCUUGGGACUGAGGCUUGUGCUGCACUCUACUCCGCUUCUGCCGAGGAGCUGGCGAGGAAGUCAAGCAGGCUCUUUUAUCUGGAGUGGGGAUUUAUGUCAAAUUGUGGUGAUUAGUCAAAUGGUGUGAAGGCAACCCAGGAAUUAUGGAAGGUGUUCCUAAGCCUGUAAAUCAUGAGGCAAAAAAGUCACAUGCUCGUGUAGUUCGAGGAGAGAACAAAGUUGUCCGAGUGGUAAGCAGUCAGAAGCACAAAUACAGAGCUGAGAGUAAAGCAACCAGAGAUUUAGAUGGAAACUCUCAGAGUAAUGACAAGAAAGGAAAGCAAUCAGAGCCCUCUGGUAGGGUUUUGGGAGAUUCAAAAACAAGCAUAGAAAACUCAACUUAUUGCACUACUGGAUCAACAGACAUUGGUCCGAAUCUUGUAGAACCAAGUUACUCAAGAGCUAAGAAAUCAUCUCCUGUGCCAGCUGGGAUCUUGAAACAACCAGAGACUGUCAAGGUAGAGAAAAUAGUUUCAAAGUCAAAGGAGGAGAAUGAAACCGUUGAAAAAAAGAGUAUUUUUCAACACCAAGGGCCUAGCGAAAACUGCCUGGAACCAAAGCAAGAACAUACACAAGAGUUGGAUGCUGAACCAGCAGAAGCUGAUCAAAAGCCUUCUGCAACAGAUGGUGCUUUGAAUAAAACCCUAGAGACCAGCUCUCACUUAGAAUCUAAUUUGGACACAAGGAUGGCAUCAGAAGAGUUAACUCUAGCAGACCAGGAACUCGGCUUAAAGCAGGCAGAAGAGAGAUUGGAGCGUGAUUACAUAUACCGGCUAGAGAAGAAAUCUCCUGAGUACUCCAACUGCCAGUAUCUAUGCAAACUCUGCACAGUACACAUCGAGAACGUCCAAGGAGCUCACAAGCAUAUUAAGGAGAAACGGCACAAAAAGAAUAUUCUGGAGAAACAAGAAGAGGAUGAGCUGCGUGCUCUUCCACCACCAACUCCUGCCCAAAUAUCUGCUUUGGGACUGGCCUUGAUGGAUGCAGCAAAAGAAAAUGGAGUUUCACAGGAGGACUUCUUGCUACGCCUGGAAAUUGUUAAAUCCAUGGAAACGAUUAUUCAAAUGAAAUUACCUGAGUGCUCUCUCAAAAUGUAUGGAUCUUCUCAAACUAGAUUUGCAUUUAAGUCAAGUGACAUUAAUAUAGAUGUUAAGUUUCCAAGGAAGAUGAACCAACCAGAUGUAUUAAUUCAAGUACUUGACAUUUUAAAAAACUGUGCGUGCUAUACAGAGGUGGAGUCGGAUUUCCAUGCAAAGGUUCCUGUUGUGUUUUGCAAGGACAAAAAAAGUGGGUUGACCUGUAAAGUGAGUGCUGGAAAUGACACAGCGUGCCUUACCACUGAAUUCCUAGAAGCUGUUGGCAAACUGGAACCUGUUCUCAUCCCACUUGUGUUGGCAUUUCGCUACUGGGCCAGACUUUGUCACAUAGAUUGUCAAGCAGAAGGCGGGAUCCCAUCGUACUGUUUUGCCUUAAUGGUGGUGUUUUUUCUGCAGAAAAGACAGCCACCGACCCUACCAGCAUAUCUGGGCCCCUGGAUAGAUGGGUUUGAGUCAAAGAAGCUGGAUGAAUACCAUCUUAAAAGUGUUUCUGAUGAAUGCUACAUUGAUUGGGAAUACAGGCCAUCGUGCAACAAUGAGAACAAAGGCUCAUCUGCCACAGAUGGGAGAGGAAGAACUGAGCAGAACCACAGAAAGACAACAUUAUCUGAACUGGAGAGUAGGAAGAACAAGGAAAGGCAAGGAAGAAGCGCUUUGGUGUUUGACCACCCUCCCAAGGAAUCCCUGGGGAAUUUGUGGCUGGAGCUUUUGAAGUUUUACACAUUGGAAUUUGCAAUGGAAGAACAUGUGAUCAGUGUGCGGGUGCAAGGCCUACUAACCAGGGACAACAAGAACUGGCCGAGAAGGCGGAUAGCAAUUGAAGAUCCCUUUGCACUAAAGAGGAACGUUGCAAGAAGCCUAAAUAGCCAAAUGGUGUACGAGUACAUUUUGGAGCGGUUCCGAGCAGCCUACAGAUACUUUGCCUGCCCACAGUGCAAGGAACAAAAGAAAUCUAAAACUGAUGCUAGGAAAAGGUCGAAGUGUAUUAACAAUACAUUGUCCAACCCUGAAGAUGAUGAGGAUAAUGACAGCCUCCCAGAUGCUGGAAGCAUCCUUACUGCUGAGGAGUUCCUAGAAAUUGAUGCGAGGUUGCCCCCUUCCCAAGAGGAGGAUGUUGGCACCAUACAAAAUAAUGUUGAGGACAUUGACAAAUCAAACCCUUUAACAGAGUUUGGUGAAUUGGAUUUAUCAUCUGUGGAUGAAAGACACCAUGCUGUAGAACUUUUGAGAAGCGAAGAGAACACAAACUGUAAUGGCAAGGACUAUUUAGCUAUAAAAGAGCUAACUGAUACUACUGAAGAACGGUGUAAUGCAGAAGCAACUCAGCUUCUGGAUAACUGGUCUGUCGAUUGCACUUUUGCUACCUCACUUGAUCAUGAAACCUUGAAGCAUGAAGGAAGCCUCAGUGAGGAAGAUUUACACUAUGUCUUUGACAAGUUUAUAUUGACUUCUGGGAAGCCUCCCACCAUAGUGUGCAGUUUCUGCAAGCGUGAUGGGCACGCCAAAGAUGACUGUCCUGAGGACUUCAAGAAGAUAGACUUGAAGCCUCUACCUCCUAUGACUACACGGUUCCGGGAGAUUCUUGAUAGAGUGUGCAAGAGAUGCUAUGAUGAACUGUCUCCUAAUGCUUGUGAGCAACAAAACCGGGAGCAGAUCCUGGCAUACCUUGAGAGAUUUAUCCGGAAGGAAUUUAUUAACCAUGCCAGGCUGUGCUUGUUUGGCUCAUCCAAGAAUGGUUUUGGGUUUCGUGAUAGUGACCUAGAUAUCUGUAUGACCCUGGAAGGUCAUGAAAAUGCAAAGAAACUAAACUGCAAAGAAAUUAUUGACGGUUUGGCAAAGGUUCUUAAAAGGCAUCCAGGUUUAAGAAACAUUUUGGCAAUAACCACUGCCAAGGUGCCAAUAGUGAAGUUUGAGCAUAAGGAGAGUGGUGUGGAAGGAGACAUAAGCUUGUACAACACUCUGGCUCAGCACAACACCAGAAUGCUGGCUACAUAUGCUGCCAUUGACCCACGGGUAAAAUACCUUGGAUACACAGUGAAGUUUUUUGCGAAGCGCUGUGACAUUGGUGAUGCUUCAAGAGGGAGCCUAUCAUCAUAUGCUUACAUUUUGAUGGUGCUGUACUUCUUGCAGCAAAGAAAUCCUCCAGUCAUCCCAGUCCUUCAAGAGAUAUAUGAUGGGCAAGAAACCCCACAAAGAAUGGUAGAUGGCUGGAAUGCCUUUUUCUUUGAUAACACAGAAGAGUUGAGAAACCGUUUCCCCUCACUUGGGAAAAAUAAAGAGUCUGUUGGGGAACUAUGGCUUGGGUUCCUUCGAUUCUACACGGAAGAGUUUGAUUUUAAGGAAUAUGUCAUUAGUAUUCGGCAGAAAAAGUUACUAACUACAUUUGAAAAGCAGUGGACCUCUAAAUGUAUUGCUAUUGAAGACCCCUUUGACCUCAAUCAUAAUCUUGGAGCUGGAGUUUCCAGAAAAAUGACAAAUUUUAUCAUGAAGGCAUUUAUUAAUGGAAGGAAACUUUUUGGAAUACCAAUCUACCCUAUUCCUGGUCUUGAAAGAGAAUACUUCUUUAAUUCCAAAGUGCUGACCGAUGGGGAGUUGGCACCCAAUGACAGGUGCUGCCGUGUAUGUGGGAAGAUUGGUCACUACAUGAAAGAUUGUCCAAAGCGCAGAAGAAUCAAAAAGAAAGAGAAUGAAAAGGAUGAUGAUAAGGACAUAAAGGAAGAUGAGCGAGACCCUAGAGAGAAGAGGUGUUUUACUUGUGGGGAUGUGGGACAUGUGCGAAGAGACUGUCCCGAACACAACCCAGUCCGGCAGAAAAAUGGUGGAAUUAUAGCCCCUCAGAUCUUGCAAGGCCUGAUUCUACCACAGUCAGUUCUUACACCACUUCAGCAGAUUGAACGUCCAUGUCGGACCCGACAGGCCUCUGAAUCGUCAGAAUCCCAUCAUUCGUCAUACUCGCCACAGCCUCAGAAUUUACAACAAAAUUCCAUCAACCAGACACUGCCCUUGCAGACCAAGCUUGACCAGCAACAAACUCCUGCAGCACAGAAUCCUCACCAGGUUCAACGGCCCAUGUUUAACUUUCCACACUCUCCCCCCACUCGAUUUUCUCCUCUGCACAAUCUUGGGAUUUUCCCCUUUCCCCCACAAAUACCUCUUCCCAGCAGCUCAUGGCCCAUCCGUGCUCAGAUGCUGCUCUCAUCCUCUGGAAACCCCUCUCACCCUGGUGGUGUCACCUUCCCAGCCAGGUCUGGCAGCAGCAGCAGCCCAUCCACUACUAAUCAAAGUGCUGUUAACCUGAAUGAUCCAAGUAUCAUCUUUGCUCAGCCUGCUGCCAGAUCCCUGGGAUUCCCAAACUCCACUCACGAUGGUCCCUGGCACAGCUCCCAAACUCCCAGCUCUCUGAUGAGCAAUGGCACAGUGGGUGGAACAGAUCAAGGAUUCCAAGGACAUUUUGCUAAGCCAUCCACUCCCUGGGAGCACACCACCCCGCCCCACUUCCCCCUGCUCCCACCAUCGUGGCCUUACAGGUUGCCCCAGAACUUAUUGCCGCAGGGACCUGCCAGCUUUCAUUCCAAGACGUAUUACCCUCCAGCUGCCUCGCUGAUCCAGAACGGGCCCCAGUUCCCUGUCUUAUCUCAAGGGCAUCCCCACCUAAAUUCAAAUUAUAUACAGCAGAAGAAAUGAAUCAAUGCCAUUACAAUAUGUCGGCCUUUACAGGAUCUAGUUUUAAAUCAAUGUGUUUGACUAUUGGAUUAUUUAACCCUUCUACUGCCCAGGAGCCUGCUGAAACCUUGGAUGGCUGCAGGGAAUCUAGAGGAGUGAGGGCUUUUAAUUUGUAUCACUUGUAAAUACAUUAGUUUUCAUUUACUGGAAUCAUUCCUCUGAGUGAUGCUAAUUUCUUUUAUUUCAUUGCCCCAUUUUAAGGGGAGCUUUGCGUUUUAUCGAGGUAUAAAAUGUAAAAGAAAAAAAAAUCAAAAAAAAAAAAAGAGAGCAUUUUUAAAAAAUGAAAUUAAGUUCUUAAUGUUUAUUAGCCUUGUUCAUUCAGCUGCUUCAAGCUCUCUAUAAAUGUAUAUAUUUUAGUUAAAAAAGAUGAUUUAAAAAAAGAAAGGAAUGUAAUUUUUUAAAAAUGACUUUUAUUAUUUGAGUCUGAAGCAGGGGCCAAAAAAUCUUUUAAAAAACACGUUUUUUGUUUUGGUACCAAUAGAAGGCUGUUUUAUCCGCACAUUUACAACGGGGCACAUUUACUAAGGGUCAAAGUGAAUUUUCGAAUUUCGAAGUAAUUUUUGGAUACUUCGACCAUCGAAUAGGCCAAAUUCGACUUUGAUUCGAAGUGAAAAACUUCGACUUCGACACUUCGCCAGCUUAAACCUGCCGAAUUGCUGUUUAGCCUAUAGGGGACCUCCUAUAACCUAUCUUGAGUGUUUGGGCAAGUUUUGAGAAAUCUAAGGAUGUUUGAUAAAAUCAUACGAUUAAAUCGUUCGAUUCGAAGGACUUCAUCGUACGAUUUUAAAAAUCCUUAGACUUCGAAUGUCGAGCUACCCUAUUCGAUGGUCGAAUUUCGCAGUUUUUUGCACUUCGAAAUUCGAACCUUGAUCUGCCCCUAUGUGUAACAAAACAAUAAAACUUUGAAAAAAAAAAAAAACUUUUUUAUUAAAAUGAAAUUCCAAGCUGCAAAGUAUAACAUAUUUGAUAAAUUGGUUUCUUCAUUUUUAAUAAAGCU